CACCCCGGUUCCUGCAGUAGUCUGAAUUGGCAUAUCAACCUGCUGAUACUUAUCUAACACUACAUUUCGGUGAACCUGUGCUGCAAUUUUGUUGAUGGUCUCUCGAACACUGCAGAACCUUUUCCGUUGUUCUCUCCGGCUACAACGUGGCAGAGACCGUGUACAACCCGCACAGAAGCCUCCCAUGGUAGAUAAGGAGAAGACAAUUAGGUUAUGUCUCGACUGGGAUGGCACUCUCACUAAGAAAGACACACUACACCUUGUGGCUGCGAUAGGUUAUGAUUGCAACCGCGAUGCAAACCUCACCCCUUGGGACGAUAUAGUGCAGGCGUACCUCUCGGAUUAUAAGCAGCACAAGGAAGGCUAUACUCCGCCUGCGGAUCAGCGGAAGGCCGGAGAUGGAGCCGCGAGAAGGGAGUCCAACUGGCUCGCUAGCUUGAAACCCGUGGAGACCAGGAGCAUCGAACGCGUGCAAGCGGCGGGCAUCUUCAAGGGCGUCAUCAAGCAAGACGUGGAACUGGCAGCCAGGUUAGCUGUCCAGAAGCAUAAGCUGCAAUUUCGCACCGGAUGGAGGACGCUCCUCAUGUAUCAUCAAAAAUCGGCAGCAGCACCUUCGGUAUCGAUACUCAGUGUCAAUUGGAGCGCCACAUUCAUCCAAGCAUGUAUUGAGGCAGCUUUUCAGUUCUCGGCCUCAGGUAUGGAGUCCACGAUGGUCGCAUCCAUACCGGUCUGUGCAAACGAGCUUCCCUUAGUAGAACGGCGACCAGACUCCUGCAUCAGCACCAGUACGGACAAGCUUGAGAUGCUCAGACAAUUGCGCAAAGACGGCGACUUCAUCGUGUAUGUGGGGGACUCGGCCACGGAUUUCGACUGUUUGAACGCAGCUGAUGUGGGAAUCUGCGUCAGGGACGACCCGAUGGGAAGCAGCCAGCAAGAGCUGAAAGAAACGCUGGAUCGAUUGGGCUUCGAGACUUUGCGAUUGAGUUCCGAAGCGUACAAGGAAACAGGAUGCUACGUAUUUGAUGGUGCCAACGAAGGGAAGAAACGGAAGCGGAUAAUAUGGUGGGUCGAGGAUUUGGAUGAGAUAUCCAAAUUCAUCGAAGAAAUUCAUGGGCAUACCUAGAUCAUGGAAUUCGCAAGUUGACAAUGACAAGGCGUAGGUGAAAGGACGCGGUCAGACAUCGCCCAGCCUGAUCAUGUCUUGCUGACCUUGCUUCUCCUUGGCUAGAGAUCAAACGCUCCCAACCUGAUAGUCAUUCCACAUGCACUUCCUACGUUAGGCAGUCUUUCUACA